GAAACAAACGCGAUUUGCGACGGAGAUAAAUAAUUGAAAAAAAAAAUGCGGCUGUCCGACUGCGCAUCCCUGGGAGUGAAUAGGGAAACGCUGCGCCAGUGUCCCGGCUGAGAGACGGAGCCGAUCUGACCCAACAUAAGCUCCGGAGCCGUUUCCCCUCCUGUCAUUUCACAAACCGCUGCCAAAAAUCAUCGUUUCCAACAUGUGUGCAGGGAGACAGAAUAAAAGUUGUGUGUUGGCCAAUGCGCACCUCCGUCGGUCCCAUCCUGCAGAAGCAUGUCCCGUCGGAAACAGAAACGACCCCAGCAGCUUAUGAGCCUGACCCUCGGUGCCUGUCGGAUACUUGAGCAUGAUGACAUCUUGGCAGUGAGGUCACACUCUGCUCCACUUACCCAGGAUCCUCCUGUGUGCUCUCCAUCCUCCUCUCUUCAAAGAUCCCAGUUGUCCCUUGCACUUCAUUCAUCUCUCAAGGGCUCUCAGUCCCCCCCUCUAUCUUCUGAGGGUCCACUGCUAUCCUGCUCAACCAGCCAGCCCCUUAAAGACCCACAGCCCUCCCUUUCCCCCAAAUUCCCUUACUCUACUCUCCUUUCCAACAGUAAACAUCCACCUGUGCUUCAACUGUCUGACUGCAACUCUGCAUCAUCCUCAAGAGCCCUUAUCCACUCCUCUAGAAGUGCAAGUAUGGCCUCUCCCAAGCUGGGUCUGUCUGCCACUACAACAACCUCCUCUUCUUCCUCAUCAUCCUCUGCUUCCCUUUGUCCUCCGCCACACCCUGGCAGCCCCAGCCGUGUCCCUGAGGGUCCCCCAAGUCCUGUUACUCCAACUCCCAGCCCAGGAGUGGCAUCUUCCUCGUCUGCGCCCUCUAGAGCCCAAUUGAGCAUCGCCCUGAUCCUGGAGGAGCUGCGGGUGUUGCAGCAAAGGCAGAUCCACCAGAUGCAGAUAACAGAGGAGAUCUGUAGACAGGUGCUACGCCUUGGUGGAGCUUCCUAUUCCAUAGAUGCACCCCCCCAACAUCUCCUCCCUUCUUUGCCUCAGCUCUGCCUUGAAAACACCAAACGUGCACCCAGCCCAGCUGAUGAGCCAACUACAACUCAGACUUCAACCUCAGUGGCUCCUCUCCUAGCUUGUUUCUCCUCCCUUUUGCCCUCUCAAGCAGCCAAUAAACCAACAAAGCCAAGCAGUUCUUUGUCUCAAAUUCUGCAGCCCCACAAGACCCAUAUGGAAGGGACAGGAGGGGCCGCAGGGGCUCAAGGUUAUCUGAGAGGAAGUUCUCGGUCAACAGCUCCCUCUACCCCCUCCUCUGCCGCCAUUCCAAUGGCGCCAUCCAACUGUCCACUUGCCCUGUCUUUAGCUCUGCCUAACCGCUAUCUUCAUGAGAAGUCUUCAAAUACCACUUCAUCAAGUGGUCACAGCAGUAUGCCCUUCCUGAACUCUGCUUCUGUCCCAAUGGUCUCAAACCCCCAACAAGCACUUCACUCUGUCUCUGGAGGCCAAGAGCCCUCUUCUGCAUCAAGCUCCACCUCUGCAAGUCGCCUCCAACAUGCCUGCCGUUUUUGUGGUAAAACUUUCAGCAGUGACUCUUCCCUGCAGAUACAUCUCCGCUCCCACACAGGAGAACGACCCUACCAGUGUCCCGUGUGCCUCAGUCGCUUCACCACACGGGGAAACCUCAAGGUUCACUUUCUACGCCAUCGUGAGCAAAAUCCAGAGCUCUCAUUGUCACUCCUCCCACCUUCUCUGUUUGGGGUAGCAUUAGGGGCCACAAGAGGAUCAGAUGCAGGACAGGCCAUGAGCAGUGGUAGCAGUACUUGUGGUUUGAAUAUGAUACAGAAGAAGCCAAAAAGUGGACCUGAGGAUGAAACAGGUGGAGAUCAAUUGGAGAUAAGUGGUACUGGCACUGGAUUUUCACUGGGGGCCUCUGGAGGAUCUACCCCUUCUACCCUCCCCCUGCCCCCUAGUGUGGAUCUCGCUUUGAUUUCCCACUCUCUCCUACAGCUUAAUAGAGCUGCAGCUGUAGCCGCUGCUGCUUCUAUUACUACUGGUCCAUCCCAGUCAUCUUCCUCUUCAGCCUCUACAUCCUCCCUGGCUACCUCUCUCCUCUCAAACCCUUCUUUAACUGCAUCGUCCACCAUUGCAGGACUAUUCAAGGGCACCAAGCAACAGCACUUUGAUGAGAACACUCCCCCUUCCCCAAUGCUUUCACCUGCAGCCUACUCCCAGCUAGCCCACCUGCCCAAGCUUCUCUUCCCGUCUGUGUCCACGUCUUCCUCUACCCCUGCUGCACAUGCCUCCCUCUACAACCACCCAGCACUGGGCUUGCUGCGCAACCCACUACCCUCCACUCCAGGCUCUCACCAGCUUGCUUCUUCUAGCCAUUCUCAACUUUCAUUCCCCUUCUCCUCCUUUCCUAAAGUUCCAGGUCCCUCCACCACCACCCCCUCCUCCCUGCAAUCUUCCAUGGCUACUUCCAUCCCUACAUCCGAAACCUCAAAGUUGCAGAGGCUGGUGGAGAAGCUGGAGAAGGUGCCUCCAAGCUCCUCCUCUCCAUGGACUUCAUCCUCAGCCUCUUCUUCCAUGCUAGAGAUGUUAUCUAGUGUUACCACUACCUCUUUAGCGAGUUCAGCCAAUAGUGGUUUCACAAAUGCCAGCACUUCUACAACAUAUGUCAUGGCUUCCCCACCAUCUUCAACUCUAGUGUCCACUUCUGUUUCAAAUUUCACCCAUGAGAUGAUUGCUGCCCUUGGCAUGAGUGGUAAUGGAAAAAGUGCCAUGACUGGCGGCUUGACACCAUCCCUCAACAUCACAGGACCAGCUGGUAACUUGGCACACAAUCAGUGUGGGGUAUGCCUUCGAGUGCUGAGUUGUCCUAGAGCACUUCGUCUGCACCAGGCUACUCACCUUGGAGAGCGCCCUUUUCCGUGUAAGAUAUGUGGCAGAUCCUUCUCUACCAAAGGCAGCCUGCGGUCACAUGUGGCUACCCAUCAUGCUCGGCCACCAAAUGCACGAGUCCAGAACUCCUGCCCACUGUGCCAGCGCAAGUUCACAAACGCCCUGGUGCUCCAGCACCACAUCCGUAUGCACCUUGGUGGACAGUUGCCCACAGAGGGAACUGAUGAUUCUGCACAUGAGUUACCAGCUGACUCUAAUGUCAAACCCUUGUCACAAUCUCAGUCCAAGAAUACUGACUCAAAUUCUGCCUCUAGUAAAACACCUCCUCUAGCAGGUUACUCCAAGAGCCCAGCCCCAAGCUCACAAUUUCAAAUUCCAGCAGUUGGCUCCAUCCCUGUCUCUGCUAGUAUAAAAACAGAAGAGGUAACCAAAAGUCUUAGCAAACCUGGAUCCCCCAGCCCAGACCUUAUUCCACCCUCUGACCUUAGUCCUGACCCCUUCAUGAAUACCACAACACAAACUUCACUGCCUGGCAGUGCAGACCCACCCGUCCUUUGUGUCAGUGCUCCUUUACUAGCCUCUCAGAAAAUGGAUCAAGCUUCAUCUGUUGGCAAAGACAACCAAGCUGAAGAAGCCAAUGCUGAUGUCAGUCUCUCUAAAUCCACAUCCUCACCAGUCUCCUCCACUGCUACCAAAACCACAGCACUGUCAAAUUCUAUGGAAGUGGAUUGUGGAGAGGAUGAAGCAGCUACCUCCUCCUGCCAUGGCUCCAAAUCUAACCUGGAAGACUCACAAAGCACACCCGGCCUUGAUGCUGACUUUGCUUACAACUGCCCUAGUACGACUUUGAACCCAAUCCUUAGUCAAGAUGCCCUAAAUGUCGACGCAUUAGCCACCUUACAAUCAGAAUCAGUCUCCCCAAGGCCCCAAUCCCCAGAACCAAUGGAAGAAGACAAAGACCAAUCUCUCCCACCAGCAACACCAAAGCAAGACCAAGCAACUGUGCCCGAUGAGGACCCAAAAAAGAUGCCCAGUUUGGACACUUCUGGCACUAACGGUGCUGAGGAAAGAGGUGCAUCACAGAGGGCUUCCACUUUUGUAAGGGAGACACGUCAGAGCUUUCAUUUUGGUUCAUAUGGGAGGGAAGACCCAGUGGAAAAUGUUAAGAUUAGUGGAUCAGCUCCAAAUGAUGCAAUGGAGGAUUCAGUCCCCAUCAGCCUUGCUCCUACCCUCCCAUCUCCAAUGUCUCGUCCUGAGAAGAAGACCUAUUGCUGUGCAGAAUGUGGAAAGGAGUAUGCGAGUCGCAGUGGACUGAAGGGGCACAUGAAGCACCAUGGCAUGGUUACCAAAACGACACGUCCAUCAGGCCGGAGCAGCCGUUCCUCCUCUGACCAGCUUCAGUCUUCUACAUCUGCAACUUCCUUAAGCAUUCCCGCAACCAGGAGCUCAGCAGGCUUUUGGAACCAGUACCAAGCCUUUCUUAACACCAGUGAUGAGCCAAGCGAUGACCAAACUGCUGGCAGCAAAGAAGACAACGAGGCGGAGCAGUCUUCAAAAUCACCGGCCGGGUCUCAGAUAGAUCCAAGGAUCCCUGACAAAACUGGGGAAGAGUCUGGUGAAGGGUCAUAAGUUGACUCUGUGACUGGCCUGGUUACAUUCUGGUGUUUUCAAUCAGUGUUUACUGUAUGGGCAUUUGUGUAGUACUGCUUCUUUAACACACUUUAGUAGCCUGUCAGUUUGAUAGUCAGAAUAAUAUGUUUGUAUGUGAAAGUUGUGAGUCAACCAGCUUGAUCUUGUGUUAAAAAAGACAGCUAUGUAAAAAUGAAAAUAUUCACGUCACAAAAGGAGUCCAGUGUUUGCCGGACUUCAUUAGAUGUGACAUAACAUUUGUCUGGCUGAAGUCGUCAAUAGUUUGAUGCACUUUCUAACAAAUAUAUUCCUGUUGUAUUAAUGUUUCAUAUCAGAUCUGGGUCAAGUAACUUUAUUUGUUUCUCUUACUUUAUGCAGACGGGAAAGGUUUAACAUAUUUGAUCCAAUUCAAUUUUAGUUUGGGAAAAAAGUUAAACAGUAAGUUCAAAGUUUAGGACUUAACUUGUGCCAAGUACCAAAUUUGAUCCAACUGGCACCAAAGGAGGCUCAAGAAACCAAAAGAUUUAUUUUUUUUUUGCAUCUGCAUCCCAACCUAUGACUGUGUCAUAUCUAGAACAAUCUUUCCCGAGGUUACAGAGGGAAGUGAGGAUAACAGGAAACUAAAAACUGCUUUGCUCCUCUGAUUUAAAGAUUAUUUUGCUUCACCAGAGCAAGAAAAACACACAAGUUGAAAGUGUUUCUGUGAGGAAUAUUAGGUUCUUAGUCCACAGUUCUGCAGUCCAGAUAAACUACUCACUAAAGUCACUGUGGUUUACUUUUCAUCUUAUUGUCCUGUUGAACCAGAAGCACAGUUGCAGCAUUUGUGAGCUCAGUGAGGACAUGGUCUUUAGUGUGAAA